AUGGCUGCUGAAGGCAUAGCUGCAAAUAGUGGAAAAGAAAUGGAAAUUUUUAGAAUUGGAGAUGUUGAAAGAUUUCAAAGGCUUCGAAAUUUGGAUGAGCGAGCCCUGACCAAAACAGAGGACCUACGACAGGUGAAAGUUCUGGAGAUGUGCGUAGACACACAGGAUAACAGUCUUGGAAAUUUUGGUACUCAUUUGCCCAGUUUGGUUCAACUGAAGCUGAAUAGCAGUUUCAUCGCAUCGGUAAGGGAUCUUGGGACAUCAUUAACAAAACUGCAGGUGCUCUGGAUGGCUCGCUGUGGCCUUAAAGACUUGGAUGGAAUUCCUUCCUUCUGUUCAUUAAAGGAACUAUAUGUGGCAUAUAACAGUAUUUCAGAUGUCAGCCCGGUGAGCAUGUUGGAACACCUUGAAGUACUAGACCUGGAAGGGAACAACAUUGAUGAUAUUGUACAAAUCCACUAUGUAGCUCUGUGCAGCAAGCUGAACACACUCACACUGGAGGGGAACCCAUUUUGCUCACGACAAAAUCCAGGGAUCCCUGAGGAUUCAAAUUCUAACUACAGGGAGACGGUUAAAAAGUUAAUCCCACACUUGAAGUAUUUGGACGACAUUCCUGUGAGUGAGACCUGCAUUCAGUCUAACUGUACCAUCAAUAAGGAUUGGCUUAUUGUGAAGGAAGCCAUUAAGGAUGGCAUCUCAGCUGAGGACCUUGAAAAUUUAGAUGACAGUAUUACCAUUGGGAGACCAGCUUCACGAAAGCACCAAAGUUGUACAUCUCAAAAGUUGUCAGUUUCUCAGAGGCCUCACAGCGCUGGAAGACUCUCCACAGGAUCUUCUGUUGGCAUCUUACGAACAGGAAUUCCUGAUAGCAGGCUUUAUGAUGAUGCAAGUGACCUAACACAUGGUGCCAGCAGCAUAUUUUGUGGAAAUCCUGUCACAGCUCUUCGAGCCCGGAGGAAGAAGCAAGGUGUAUCAAGUGAUAGAGCAGGGAACUGGUUUAGUCCGUAUACACACUUGCCAGAACAUACCUAUGAUUCACUAGAAAUCGAUAGCAGAACCCGAGAUGAUAUUUUUGCGGAGCUGAGAGCUUGGCGGAACGAACACAGUAGGCGCCUUGAAGCUAUUUUGAAGGAACAAGAACCACAAGUGUUGAAGAUUGAUCAUAAUGAUAAUGAUGUCCUGAGCAUUCAUUCAGGUGAUGAGGAGAAGAAGGAUAACUGCUGUGAUGAAUGGACUGGCUCUGUUUCACAAGAAACUGCAUGCUUGUCGCCUUUAGUCACUUCAUCCCCAAAUUUUUCUUCCGAUAUGGAAAGCUUGCUAGUUGCAGACUUUAAUCGAACGUUGUCUCCCGUUCCUCCUUCCCCUCAAGAAGUAUCUGCAAGAUCACAGAAAGUACUUGACUUUAGGGUUAGACGUUUAAGAAGGUCUGUCCAGGUCAAAAGUGAAUCAUUGCAAGAAAGAAAUGAGGACUCUGCUGUGUUUGAUGAAGACAAAGAAGCUGUAUAUUCACAUGAAGUUAAAUCAAGAAGUAAGCUUGAAGACAGGAUGUCUACAUACGCUGCGAUCAAGAGCCUAAGACCAGUUUCUGGACCAGCUACAGUCGGAUUAAGAAGUGUGAAGCCAAGUGUUGAUAAAAGGCCUCAAAAAAUUAUUGACAGUCAUCAGCCAAUAAUUCGUUCAUCUACAAAAACACCUGAAAGGCCUCUCUCCCUGAACCCUAUGCGACCUCUGACUGCUAAGGCCGCACUGCAGCGAUUGCCAAACAGACCAUUGCUUCUGCCCAGCAGAGGAAACAAGACAACAAGCUGAUGGUUACAGGUAUAAACAGACUGUUCCGUGUACCUGAAAGAGCAUUGAAAUGUUUGGGUCAUUUUUAAUGGAGCACAUCAAUCUUUUGUGUAGAACGUUCAAUGCAAAAAUUAUGCCGUAGAGCUUUAUAGCCCUGGGAUAAAAAUUGAAUUUCAUGAUAACUUCAGUCUCCUUCUCAAGUUUCCUUACCCUCCAAUUAUCCUUAAACUACUAUAUCCUUUUAGAUUCUUCUACCAAUAUGCACAGCUACCUCACUGUUUUGAUAUUUCCCUUGGCUUCGAUCACUAACAUUUAAGGCCUGACCCAAACCUAGUAUUCUUCAAUUGUCACAUCUCCAUACAUCUUUGAACCCCAUGACAUUGUGUGAUCACUGAGAGGGGGAAAUAAAACUCCUUUCCCCUCCACACCUAAAUCACUUGCAUUUAAAUUUCUGCUUAUCCUUUUUAUUUUCUGUUCACUAAAAUACCUCUACAGAUCCUCAAUCAGUACCAGAACUGGCUUAACCUUCAUUAUGAGACCAUGCUGAACUGCAUCAAGCUUUGCCAACUUGCUAGGUCUAUACUGAAGUGCUAAAAUGAUCUUUGACUUUUCCUCAUCCAGCCCACAAAACUAGGCCCAGCCCUAAACUCCCAUUUGUCCUAGAUUUAUUUCUCCAUCUCCCUCAUGCCCUUGCUAAGCUCAUCACAGCCAUGUGCCCUACCUCUGAUUUCCUUCAUGCCUAUUAAACUUUUGAAUAUCCAAUUUCCCCUUCUGGGUUCCAUGCUAAACAAUUUCAGUUGUUCAGACCACUAUUCUUCUGCAUUUCAAAAGCAACAUCAUCCUUAACAGACCCACCCAGCCUGUAGCCCCAGUUUACCCUCCUCUUUUUGAUGUUCAUGGUGUCCUGUGGUGACUAUGUAUAUAGUUCUACCGCCCAUCAUCUCCAGUCUAGUGCCCCAGUGCUGCCAGAUUGCUUGCCUAAUUACCAGGUUUUGGAAGACUUUAUUAUUCAUUCAAGGGGUCUGGAUUUUGCUGGCUAUGCCAACAUUUAUUGUCCUUCGAUUAUUGCCCUGGAGAAGUGGUGAUGACAUAUUUCCUUUAACAUAAAAUUGUGAAGUUGAAAUCCCUCACCUUCACUCCCAGAACAAGUUCCAUUUGUCUACUAGACCACUGCCUCAGGCUGAAUCAUAUUGUUUGCACCCUUAAAAUCCUGCUCAACUCCGAGCUCAAAUUCCAAGCCAAUAUCCUUAUCAAAGAAGUUGUUUAUUUCUAACAGUGUGAUUUUACCUGCUUCUAUUUCUACCUCAGCUAAUCUGUUGUUGAACCCUUCUCUGUGUAUUUGUGACCUCCAGACUCAACUACUAACUGUUUUCCUAAUCUACCUUCUAUCGUCCACCCUCUGUAAAUAUAAAUUCAUCCAAAUAUCCCAUUCAUCUAUCAUUCAAACCCACUGUCCUUGCUUAUUUAAUUAAUUUAAAAUUCUCAAUCUUGCUUCAUGUUUCAUGGUCCCUUCCCUCACCUCUCCCUAUCUCUCUUUUAUUACAGUCCUAUAAUGCCCUCCCCAAUUCCAAACUCUAUUUUUUCACAGCUCCAUCUGUCUCCAGCAUUACAAUGAUGCCCUCAGUUAAGUACCCUCUGGAAUUUUCUUUCUAAACGUCUCCUGCUUUCUCACACUUUAAAGGCACUCUUCAAUUCCAGUUCUCUGACCAAACUUUGAGUCAAGUCUAAUAUCUCUUUCCUAGGUUCAGAAUCCAUUUUUAUUGUCCUUACACCUUGUGAAUUGUCUCAGGAUUGUGUUUACAUUAAAGGUGCUAGAUAAAUGAAUGUUUUCGAUGUUAUGUUGCAUUUGGCAACAGAUAAGCUGUAUUACAAAUUGUAAAAGAGGUUCGAGAAAGGUUUCUAAAGAAUCAUGCCUCGUACUAUUUUUAAAUCUCUUUAAUCUGUUUAUGUUGUACAAAACAAAGCACAGAUAUUCCAACAAAAUGUAACUGUGUAGAACAGUGCCUGGAAUUGAUUGAAACCCCUUCUGAAAAGUCAUGGUGACAAGUGUUAGUUUGCUUAUUUCAUACAAGGUACUUUGUUCCAAAUGGAAAGUCAGAGUUAACAAUGUCUAAAAGCAGAAUGGUGUACAUCUGGAAAUGUGGAAAAGACCCAGCAAUAAAAAAAACCUGACACCAGGACAGUCAGAAUCUCUGGAGAAAACAGAUGACCCUCAGUUUCAAGUACUGAAUCUUUUGUCCAAAGCUCCCUUUAUUUUCUUCCAAAGAAAUAUAUAUGAUGUACUAUAAACUGUCUGUCCUUUCUGUGGAUGUUAAUUGACCUGCUGUGUCUUUGGUUUUGUUGAGAAAAACAGAACUGGAGAGCAGAAAGUGAAAAAUCAGAGGAGAUUCUGCAGAUGAUCUGUCUUACACAGUCAUAGAUUCCUUAAAUUGUCUAUCUACAGCCUGCAUAGUCCAUUCUACAUGUUCAUUACCCUGACAGACCACACACGCUAAUGUUAAGAAUUUAGAUUAAAGAUGGCUGUACUGCAUCACUCUUCAAAACUGGAACCUACGUCCUAUGUUCCAGUCUGUGGCAAUCUCAAGAUAUAUUGUCUGCAUUGAAAUCUUAUUAGUUCAUUGGAUUUGAAAAUAAUUCAUGAAGUAUCAGGAAAACAAAGUCAUCAGGAUUUAGCUUAAUGUUGAAUCACCCAUGUCACAAACUGAAUUGUUUUCAAGUAUCAUACUAUUUCAGAGUUAUCACAUUUAUUAUCUUAGAUUAAUAUACAGAUAUUAACAAUUAAGAUAAUGUACCUUUUCUGUCAGUACCUGUGGGGUUAAUUGUUGCCAUUAUACUUCCAGAAAAUCAAAUGACUCACCCCAUCACUUGGGAAAUCAUAUGCUGUACACUCAUAUAUGGAUCCAGGAUUUAAUCAUUGUUCCAGUAUUCCAUUCUGCUCAACUAAAGUAAUGAGAAAAAAAAUCCUUUUGCAUCAUUUAUGAUAAAGGAAAAGCACAUAACCAUUUUGAACAGAAAUUGGAUUUGCAGAGAGCUUAAUUCAUCAGUGUUUAAGAUAAAUUGCAGCAGCCAGUUCACCCAUCAGUCAUGGCUCCUGUCUCUAGAUGCCAUUUUAAAUUCUCAUCCUCGUUUUCAAAUCCUCUCAUAUCCUCAUUCCUAUCUAUAUCUAUAAACUCUACCAACUCUACAACACUCCAAAAUAUCUAUGUUCUGAUCUCUUGUGCAUCUCUGAUUUCCAUAAAUUCAUCAGCCAUGAUAUCAUCUGCUUGGGCCUUUAGGUCUGAAAUGCCUUCUGUAAAUAUCUUGCACCUUUACUUCUCCUUUAAAAUGAUCCUUAAAACUUGCAACUCAAGUUUCUGAUUUUGUGAUAUCUCUUAAGUGGCUCGAUGUCAUUUUUUUGACAUGUUAAGCAUCUGGGGGAUAUUACUAUGUUAAAGAUGCUAUCCAAAUGCAAGUUGUUCUUCACAUUUCUUUGCCACAUUGUUGAAGUAAGUGUUCUGCAUACUGAACUGUGGUGGACUCUAUUUUGUAGAGCUUAUUACUGUCUGUUCUUGAUGUGAUGCUGCUUUUGUUUACUUUGUAGCAGUUCUGGAAAAUGAGGUCCAAUUUGUGCUUCGUUGUAAUGAAAACCUUUUAAUUAUGACUCUUGAGCACGGGAAAAGAAGAAACACUUUGUACCACACUUGUCUUGCUAGUUUCAAUUCUGGUUGUGGAGGUGAAAAGGAUGGGUAAGCCAGUCACAUACAUGCCUGUAUUGUUGUAUACCUACACAGAGUUAACAUAUAUUACUGUUUAAAUGGUUUGCUGUUGCAGGUCUUUAUAAACCAACAAAUAUACAGUCGCAUUACCCGACUUACUGUACAUGUUAACUGCAUUUUCCGAGGAAGAUUUAAUGGUGAACAUUUUAAAUUGCUGUCAUUUUAGGUGUUAAUCAGUUAUGACAAAAGUAAUUAAAGUGACGAGACUUGAAAGCAGACCAGUUACACAAUUAGUUGCACAUUUCCUGUGAAUGUUUCUUGUGGUUUUCUUAAGGAAUUACAUCAGAAUAGUAUAAGCUAAAAUUAACCUCUUGUAUCCCCCAUCCCAAGAAACAUGCACAUAUAAAAUGCCUAUGUGUGUACAACUUAUUCAGACAUAUAUUUAAAUCCCAUGCAUUCACACACAUUUGCACAAAAUAUUCAAUCACACAUUAAGUAAAUGCUUGCAAUCCCCAUCCUAGGCUUCCAAGCAACAAACACAAGGUUAAAUAUUCAUACAUGCACAAAUGUACAUAGACCAAAGUUCAUGUGAUGUUUUGCUUUUGUUUCACAAAAUGUGGCCAUAUGAAGUUCCCACACAUGAUAAUAGUACGUGGCUAGGUGCAUGUUACAUCCUCUAUUAAGGUUGUGCUCACUUUAGAAAUGAAUAUAAUUUACACUUCAAAGCCCAGGAAGAGCUGUAAUAUUGUUAAUGUGAAUUAACAAGCAGCCUGUGACAUUCAAGUUAAAGCAGCUUUUUGUGUAGCAUGCUUCGGAUCAAUAGUUCAUGCAAAUGGAAGAGAAUAGUGAAAACAAAAACACAGUAAAUGUCCUUUGAAGAUGGUGACUGUCAUAGUUUCCCUUUUAAUAUUUAACUAUAUUAUUAUUUUAAUACUACAGUAUCUGACAGCUAAUUAUUUCAUCUGAAAUUUUACAGAAGAUUAUUAUCAAUCGUCUCUACAAUUGUUCAUGAACCAAUUUUGUCUUAAAUAAUCAGUAAUUUUGAAGCAAGUAAUUAAUUAUAUCCACAAAGUGCUGCACAACCAUGUGGAACCAAAUUGUUUUCCCUCACUCCUUCAUGGUCAUGUUUCCCCAUACAUGUUUGAAUUAAACUUUUCUCCAGUUUUAAAAUUUUAUUUAAGAGCUUUCUAAUUGGGAAAUGUCAUUCCUCAUGCAACAACUGCAUGUUAUAUUGCACUGUAAACCAGUGUGUUUUUCUUGCACAUUGAAUCCUUUUACUUGUCCAUGCACAUCAUAAUUACUCAGAACAGCCAGCUUCCCAGAAGCCCAAAGCAAAGCUUUACUCUGCUGCCAACUGCACCCAGUCCUGUUCCACUCCAGUGUUUCCGAUAGGAUCAGCAGUUUCAACAAGAAAUCUCAGCAGAUUAAAUGCACAGUUAACUCUACUCACAUGAGCAGCAUAUACCAGCUGUGGAGGAGAGGCAUUGGAGCUGAGUGCCUUGUGUAUUCAGCAGUCACAAUGUCCUCAGAUGUCUGGGCUGAGGAUGAUGAAGUUAUGCAGUGGAGUGCUUUAUGACUGGUUCAGUGCAAGGUAUUGGGCCCAAAACAUUUUCACGGACUCACUGAGCAAAAUCUAGACAAAGGUUCAGGAAAGCUACUGUAUAAAACAUUUGGUCAAGCACCUCUUUCACAAAACUCCACUGACCAGUGUUCAAAUGGAAUGAUUCUUCCAAUAUCAGAGGAUCUGAAACAAUAUAUGUUGUGUUAUUUCUGUGAAUAACUGGAUGUACAUACUGAUUACUGCUGUGUAUAUAAUGUAAUUUGUCCCUGGCUAUGCUAUAUGUCAGGUCACAAAAGGUGAAAGGAUACUUGAUGGAGAAUUGUAUUAUAGCUCUAUUUUUUACUGCGAAUCGUUGAAUUGUCAGUGAUUAAAAUGAUCAUUUCAUCAUAUUUAAAU